AUGGAAUCCAGCAAAAAUCGCGUCCCAUAUGAUCUCCUCAACCGCGAGAAACAAGAAUUUCGGCUUCUGAAUCUCAAACCAUCGCAGGAUUUUGAUUCUAUAAUCGAAUGUUCACUCUUCACCUCCACUCUCAAGAAACCUCCGCUAUAUGAAGCCUUGUCUUAUGUUUGGGGCGACGCAACUAACACAAAUUCAAUACUUGUCAAUGGUGAAGCCUUUGAAAUUACCACAAACUUAGAGACUGCUCUUCGAUAUCUCAGAACUCCUUUGGAAAUCCGAGUGCUUUGGAUUGAUGCAAUUUGUAUUAAUCAAUUGGACAAUGGGGAACGCAGUCAUCAAGUAACUUGCAUGAAGGAUAUCUACGAAAAUUGUUGGAAAGGUCUCCUGUGGCUAGGACCUGGAUCUAAAAGUAUGGAUCGCGGAAUGGAGAUUGCUCGGGGCCUAAAUUUCUCACACAUAAAACCUGAUCGGCAAUCCGAACGGAUUGAAGAUAUCGUGAAUGUGGAAGAGACAGCCCAGGGAGAAAAUUCCGACGAUGAUACCAUCACACAUUCUCAGCUGAUUGGUAGUACCGCAAUUGGUAGAAGAACAUUCUUUGCACUGGCGUGCGUGUUUGUUCGUCCUAAUCUAUGGAAAAGAGUUUGGAUCAUGCAGGAAAUAGCUUAUGCACCACAGCCAGUUUUAAUUUCAGGCCACUCGACACUGCCAUGGACGGCUUUAGAAGACUUCCUGGUCACCGUGGAUGUGUUCCCAGAUGCUUUUCAUGAGACAUUCGGUCAUCGCUGUUAUCAUGAAACUUUCAAGACGGCCUUUUCAACGAUUCAGGCCAUACAACAUCAAAGAUUAAUAGUAAAAAAUAUGGACAAGGGUCGAGAUUCUCAUAUCUUGGAUGUUCUAGCAAGGUUCCAGACAGCUUCUUCAACCGAUUCAAGAGAUAAAAUGUUCGCACUCCUGGCUCUAUCUUCGAAUACCUUGGGAAUGAAAGCGGAUUAUUCGGCAAGCACGAGAAGCGUAUUCACGAAAUUUGCCACGGCAUAUAUCAACCAUACCGAAAACCUUGAUAUUUUAUGUCAGAGCCGAUGGGGGUUUCAUAACCAUGAAGAAGACGUCACAAAUGGUAUACCGUCAUGGGUUCCUGACUUUGAACAACGGAAGCCUGUUCGCUUGAUAUUCGCCCAGAGAGGUAUAUUUGGUGCUGGAGGGUCGAAAUGCAGAUUACCUUGUAAUGUGACAGAUAAAGGUGAAUUGAUCGUGGAUGGGGUGACUUUAGGUGAAAUAAGGAAAUUAAGUAAAGAAACCCGCAAGAGUCAAAUUGCAGAGUGGAUGCCGGAUGAGAUCAAGGCAUUGGAAACAUCACUGUAUGCCCCGUUCAUUUCAAUGAAUGCCGAAAAUGCUUUCCAAGCAUUUUGGCGGACUCUAUUGAGCGACUGCUUUCGAUACCCCAUGCGUCGUCUCAAUGAAGAGGAGAUCUCAAGCUAUGGCUCCGUCUUUACAUCUUGGAAACGUGGAGACACCACAACAAUCGAACUGCCGAAUUUUGAUAUGGCAGCUGAGCUUUCUGAUAGAAGAUUUGCCAUCACAGAGAAUGGUCUUUAUUGCUUGACUACUCUCGAUGCAUUGGAUGGGGAUUUGAUUGUGGUUUUGAAUGGUGCCAAAGUUCCGGUAGUAUUGCGAAAAAGGACUGGGAAUCCAGGAGGAUCAAGAGAUAAGUGCGAGUACGUAUUAGUCGGCCCAGCAUAUGUUCAUGGACUCAUGGAUGGGGAAGCGAUGAUGCUAGCCGAUGAGGGUAGACUCGAAAAGCAAGAAUUCAUACUCGCAUGA